AUGGACAAGGUUAUGAGACUAUCAUCAGAGAAAGGAGUGGUUAUCUUCAGCAAGAGCUCGUGUUGUUUGUCCUACGCGGUUCAAGUCCUCUUCCAAGAUCUCGGGGUUAGCCCUAAGAUCCACGAGAUAGACAAGGACCCUGAGUGCCGGGAGAUCGAGAAGGCAUUACUGAGACUAGGCUGUUCAAAGCCGGUUCCAGCCGUCUUCAUUGGUGGUAAGCUCGUUGGUUCAACCAAUGAAGUGAUGUCCAUGCACCUAAGCAGCUCCUUGGUUCCCCUAGUGAAGCCCUAUCAAUGUUAAAAGAAGAGGUAUUUAAAAAAAAAUGGAUCGUUAAGUAGCUAUCAUAAUGUAUUUUCAAUAAUGAGUCAUAUCUUUGUAAUGAGUUCUGGUAUUUAUAUUGGUUGUGUAACUUGUUUCACUUCUCAAGUUAUAUGAAAAUCCUUUGCAUCGAAGAAAUAAUAGUAAGAUUAUAUAUAAAUUCAAAUGUAAAAAAUAAUUAAGAACAUAGCUACAAGAAGCAUAAUAAUUAUUUUGCAAAAUCAAGAUUAGAGUCUAAUCCAUACUUGUCCGACUUUCUUAAAAUUGUUUGUAAUUUAUGAUCAA